AUGAGCAGUUUACUGCGUUUAUUAAUAAAUCCCAUAAAAAGUUCUCACUGCCAGCCACAAAAUGUACGACUGUUCAGUCAACAAUCUUCAUUGGUGCACCGGCUAAAAGAAGCGUUGACAUUCAACGUAAAACCCAAACAAGGCAGCUCUCCAAAACAAUACUGCAGCCGGGCUUAUGAUGUAAAUACAAAUGUUGCCAAAGAUGUUAUUAUGUACAAAUAUGAAAAUCCUAAAUUUUUCAAAAUUAUCAACAUAUUCGGUAUUUGUCAAUUUACAUUUUGGACAUAUUUAUCGCAUUUUGCUUUUACGUCAUUGCGUGAUGCACCGGUCGAACAAAAAGAGGGCCAGGAAUUGGCCUGGUACGAACGCAUCAAUUUGGGAGAGAAUAAAUAUCGUAAUGGUAUUACGAUAAUGUGUUUUGCCAUUGGCUAUGGUGUCCUAUUUGCCGCCUGGAUGUUUACCCUGCGUUCGGUACGUUUCUUGAUUCUACGAAAAGGAGGUAAAGAUGUCACAAUUGUGACAUACGGCCCCUUUGGCCACAAUCGCAUUAUGACCGUCCCUUUAAAAGAUGUCUCAGCCCAACAGCCGCGUGAAAUUGCCAAAGUACAUUUACCUCUCAAAGUACGAAAUCGUUCCCUCUUCUAUGUACUUGAUAUGCGAGGAGAAUUUAAGAAUGCACGAUUGUAUGAUUACACUGCCGGAUUGAAUAGACGUUUCUAA